AUGGUAGCCCUCAUCCCCUUCCUCCUCUUAUCCACCGUUGCGGCCAUCCCGGCCCCCAUCACCCUCGCCACUCGCGAGCAAAACUCCACCCCCCAUGCCCCUGCCCCCUGGGAUGCCGGUGCAACAACCCAAUACCCAAUCCACCAAAGCUGUAAUGCGACCCAGCGUCGACAGAUUGAAGCCGGCCUCAACGAGACCAUCGUCCUAGCCGACCACGCCAAAGCUCACAUCCUCCGUUGGGGCAACGAGAGCACCAUCUACCGCAAAUACUUCGGCAACAGACCCUCCUUCGAAGCCAUCGGUGCUUACGACAUCGUCAGCAACGCCGACAAGGGCAGUGUACUAUUCCGAUGUGAUAACCCCGAUGGCAACUGUGAUAAUGAAGGCUGGGCAGGCCACUGGCGUGGCGAAAACGGCACCGCUGAAACCGUCAUCUGCGAUCUAAGCUACGAGACCCGCCGCUCGCUGACCUCCAUGUGUUCCCUCGGAUACACGAUUGCCGGGUCCGAGACCAACACCUUCUGGGCGGCGGAUCUGCUGCACAGACUCUUCCAUAUGCCUCCUAUUGGACAGAACUGGGUUGAGCAUUUUGCCGACGGGUACGGCGAGGUGAUUGAGCUUGGGGCUGGAAACAAGACCACCGCGACUCGCGACUCGGAGACGUUGCAGUAUUUUGCGCUUGAGGCUUAUGCGUACGAUAUUGCUGCGCCGGGCGUUGGGUGUGUGGGUGAGUAUGACGACAGUGAAGAGGCUGCGGAUGAUUCUGCGGAUGAUCUGCCUGACAACUGUCACACCCAUGAGGGUGGCGAGAUCCACUGUACUUAG